UACGGAAAAUGAAAUCCUGCUAAAAUUUGUCUCUGGCCACCUAGAUGAAACCUUAACUUCUUCACUUUGGAAUGCUGACCCCAUUUGGAGCUGGUGUCUCCUGGGUGGCUACCCUCAAGCCUUACGCUGGAAUAAACUCUUAUCCUUAAUCAUAUUUCCUGAACCUAUUUAAGGUAGACAGGAGAGGGAAGCGGAGAUGUCUUGAGAUAAAGCUGAAUAAAGUUUCUCAAGAAAAAAGGGAAAGGGACCUCUGAGCUGUACGUUGUUUUCUACUCUAGGGAGUUAGAGGUGAAGUAGGAACUUGAAGUUGGAAGUGCUGAGUUGGACAGCCCUCAUCUCUAGGCAAUACUUUAGUAAAGUGGAAAAACGGGAGAAGAGGACGAAGGCUAGGGAGAGAUGCACCCAACCCAGUCCCGGGUUUCCCACUCGCUCUCGGAGUUGGGUACAAAGAGUGUUCCAAAGCCACUUCUCCUGUGCUCAGCCCAGUGCUCUCCCCGCGACUACCGGUGCCAUCCAGAUGCCCCAGGCGGGACCCCAGCUCGCGAAGCCCACCGGCCGAAGCUCCCCACAGGCUAGAGAGCCGCUCCUUCGAGGCCAAACUUCCGAGAGGCGGCCUGCGCCUAGCACGCAGGCGUGGAAAACUAGGCGCCAGCCUCGAACUGACCGCCGCCACCUGCCUCGGGCCGCGCCGUCCGCCGUUUACUUUCGAACCAGCCCAGCAAUAGUUCCCAUUGGCCGAUGCCGCGCAGUUGAACGCUGCCUGCACACUGCGCCUGCGCCGCGAGGCUCCGCGCGGCCCUGCCCGGCCUGGGCACCUGAAGCCCUUCGGGGCGGAGGAGGGCGGGGACUCUGGGCGACUCUCAGCAGCAGCCUGGAGCCGGUGGCUCUCUGUUUCGGCGCUGUGGAGUCGCCUAGUCCGCCUCCUCCCCGCGGUGAGUCUAAGGACCUUUACGGAUCCGAGAAGGUGGCUCUGAGUCCUUUUCUUUUCCUGUAGCACAGGCUGGUGUUCCAGUGUGUUUGCUGGGGAGUCCUGGGGGCGUGACGAUGGAGGGAGUGGCUUGGGACCUGCACUCAUUCCCACUUGUCCCACACUGGAGUUUGGGGAACCAUUCUCCCGUCUCUCCACUGUGGAGCUGCGUUCCUGUGAGGGAGGAGGCGCUCUGUGGUGGCCAGGAAUAAGAAUAAAAGAUUCUGGAGGAGUUGGAGUGUAUUCAGUCCCCAAACCAGGAGAUCAACAAAGUAGGAAAUGCACAAUUUUGAGGAAGAGUUAACUUGUCCCAUAUGUUACAGUAUUUUUGAAGAUCCUCGUGUACUGCCAUGCUCUCAUACAUUUUGUAGAAAUUGUUUGGAAAACAUUCUUCAGGCAUCUGGUAACUUUUACAUAUGGAGACCUUUACGAAUUCCACUCAAGUGCCCUAAUUGCAGAAGUAUUAUUGAAAUUGCUCCAACUGGUAUUGAAUCUUUACCUGUUAAUUUUGCAUUAAGGGCUAUUAUUGAAAAAUACCAGCAAGAAGACCAUCCAGAUAUUGUCACCUGCCCUGAACAUUACAGGCAACCAUUAAAUGUUUACUGUCUACUAGACAAAAAAUUAGUUUGUGGUCAUUGCCUUACCAUAGGUCAACAUCAUGGUCAUCCUAUAGAUGACCUUCAAAGUGCCUAUUUCAAAGAAAAGGACACUCCUCAAAAACUGCUUGAACAGUUGACUGACACACACUGGACAGAUCUUACCCAUCUUAUUGAAAAGCUGGAAGAACAAAAAUCUCAUUCUGAGAAAAUGGUCCAAGGCGAUAAGGAAGUCGUUCUCCAGUAUUUUAAGGAGCUUAAUGAUACAUUAGAACAGAAAAAAAAAAGUUUCCUAACAGCUCUCUGUGAUGUUGGCAAUCUAAUUAAUCAAGAAUAUACUCCACAAAUUGAAAGAAUGAAGGAAAUGAGAGAGCAGCAGCUUGAAUUAAUGACACUGACAACAUCUUUACAAGAAGAGUCUACACUUAAAUUUCUUGAAAAAGUUGAUGAUGUACGCCAGCGUGUAGAGAUCUUGAAACAAAGACCACUUCCUGAGGUUCAACCUGUCGAGAUUUAUCCUCGAGUAAGCAAAAUAUUAAAAGAAGAAUGGAGCAGAACAGAAAUUGGACAAAUUAAGAAUGUUCUCAUUCCCAAAAUGAAAAUUUCUCCAAAAAGGAUGCCAUGUUCCUGGUCUGAUAAGGAUGAAAAGGAAAUUGAAUUUGUUAAAAUUUUAAACAUUGUUGUAGUUACAUUAAUUUCAGUGAUACUGAUAUCAAUACUCUUUUUCAACCAACACAUAAUAACCUUUUUAAAUGAAAUCACUUUAAUAUGGUUUUCUGAAGCCUCUCUAUCUGUUUACCAAAGUUUAUCUAACAAUCUGCAUGAGGUAAAGAAUAUACUGUGUCACAUUUUCUAUUUGUUGACGGAAUUCAUGUGGAAAAUAAUUUCUCAUUGAAAACGUCAAUCUGAAUUGUUUAAAUGGGCUCAUUCUGUACAUUGCUAAAUGAAAAAUAGGGUGGCAGCAUGAAUAAAUUGCAAACUAAGCUUUAUUAGUGCUGCAACUAAUAUAAACAAAGUUUAUAUUUGUUGCUUUUGGUUAGCAAUAUGUCAAAGUUAGAAAUAUCUGAAAUAUUCAAAUCUUUGGGAAAAUCUAAUUUGAAAAAUACACUAUUUUUAUUGGCUUUAUGAAGGUUGACAUAAUGUUGCUGUGACAUUUAAACAUUCUUGUACCAAUAUUGUAUUUUACUAUUAUAUACUGCAGUUAAUUGGCUUUACAGUUCUUUAUAUAUAUAGCAAAAUCCUGAAAGUACGUAUACCUUUAUUUUGAUAUGGCUUGAAGCUUUUGAAUGGGUGAAUAGGAUGAUAGAAAGGUUUUAAAAUCAAACAACAAAGUCUUAAAGUGAUAAGGCAUUGCUUAAAGAUCUUUUGAUCAAAUAUACCUGUGUUUUAAAUAGUUUAAGAGCCCUAAAUGUUUAUCACCAUUCACUCCAAAUAAAGCUAUUGCUUUUGGAUAA